UUCUAUCCUCCUCUUCCAUCUCCUCUCGUUCCAAUGAACAAAAAAACCUAAACACCAAAUUUUCCCUUCUGCUAUUUCUUCUCUACUCCCACGAGCAGCGAAUUCGCCAUUUUCCGACGUCUGCCUAAACAGAAAAAGUGAAAAGCUCCAUCCGCUUAUCUUUUCCCACCAGAGCCGCCUCCACCAUCUUCGUAAAACAAAUCCGAAAAAUAACCCCCUUCUUCUUAUCUCACAGAGAUUUCUUCUCUUCUCUCACUCUCUCGCUGGAGUCUCUCCCUUGCCAGAGUCUCCUCUUUUUUUUCCAUCUCAUUUCACGUCUCUUCUCAUCUUGUAUUCUCUCCUUUGGCCUUUCUUGUAUCUGCUCCGUUCCCCAAGCGACACCUUGGUAUUCUGUCUUCAAGCAAGCCAGAAGCAAGCAUACGUUUGUGGAAACUACGAGGGCUAACGCUGCUCCUCUCCUCACUGAUUCUUGAGCGUCGCCAUAAACCCACGAUACAGGCUAUUUGUUCUUCAAGCUCGGAUCUCUCUUUUUUCAUUUUUUCUUUUUUUCUUUUUUUCCCUUAGCAGAUGCUGUACCGAAAGCUAGACUGGCGUUGCUGUGAUUAGCCCUUCAAUAUUUUUUUUCUCGAGCAGUUUUUGUGCCCUAAAGAAGCAUCACAGAUCGGGUCGCAUCAGUUGCUCCGUUUGGGUUGCACCAGCUUUUUGCGCACAUCAGUUUCUGGUUUCUGCCGUUCAGUUUCCUCCACUAACCCGUACUCGCCGGAACCCUGUCCUCAGUUGGAGUUCUGCAUCGACACAGCACUGGUACUCGCGGGUGUUGGUUAUCUGCUCCAUCAUCAUCUAAAGUUGCUGAAACUAAAUGGCUUCACCAUUUGUAGCAGGACUUGCUGUUGCAGCUGCUGCUUAUGCUGGUAAAUAUGGCAUCCAGGCUUGGCAGGCAUUCAAGGCAAGACCACCAACAGCCAGAAUUCGCAAGUUUUAUGAAGGUGGUUUUCAACCAACGAUGACAAGAAGAGAAGCGGCUCUAAUACUUGGAGUCAGGGAAAGUACUGCGGCAGAGAAAGUGAAGGAAGCUCAUCGGAGGGUAAUGGUAGCAAACCAUCCAGAUGCAGGCGGAAGUCAUUACCUUGCUUCAAAAAUUAAUGAAGCAAAAGAUGUGCUGCUUGGGAGAUCAAAAGGUAGUGGUUCUGCAUUUUGAUGGGAUUAGAUUUUGAUCUCUCUGAAGACCUUCGAGCAAAGCUCUCUUGGAUGGUUCUUUGUUUCCACUUCAGAUUGGAGUUGUGCGGAAAUGUCUGUAUACAAUUUUCUUUGAGCACUAAAUUGACAGUCAGUAUAUUUAUUGAAUCAAGUAGUUAGGACUCAGAUAGUUUCAGGCUGAUAUUUGUAUAAAUUCUUUGGCUUGUGUCCCUGUCUAUGUCUGAUCGGGUGAAGCUCGCUGCAACUCAGUUUUGGUGAUACAUUAUGGUAUUCAUUUUACCCUAUUGCCACUCUUUAGCUGGGAUCUUUGGUGAUUUUUCCCCCUCUACGGUUGUAAUUUUCUGCUAAGGUCUGAGAGUAAAUGACAGCUUUCUUCCAUAAGAAAGUUAGUUUAUUUGUGUGUUCAGAAA